AUGAUGAAUGGAAAAGUCAACACAAAUCCAAAAUUUAUUUCACCAUUAUUGAAUGUCUAUGAUACAUACAAUAACAUUGGAGAUUAAUAUUUGCUCAACCUUUAUAAAUUUAAUAGCUCUUAUCUAAUUUCAAGCUGGCACUCUAAAGAUACUCAUAAACUUCAAGACUUACCUUAGUUAUCUUUUGAUCAAGUUAGAAAUAGUAGCUUUAUAGAUUUUAUUUGGAAAGCAGUUUUAUAUGAAAAAAGAAAGAGCUAUACAUAACCUUUUGUAAAUGUUUAUGUUAAAUUAUACUUUAUGGCCUUUAGCUCGGAUGGGAUGUUUUAUGGUUCAGGAAUUAAUAUGACUUACUCAAAUAUAAUUGAUCCUUAUCCUUGCCCUAAAAGCAAGUUUAAUCUAGAUUCUAGAUGUCAAGAGUAUUUCUAAAUGGUAACAUAAAUGGAUUAACUUUAAUUAGAAGGAUAUAUUCCUACUCAUUUCUUAUAUGAUAUAAAUAAUGAACCAUAUACUGCAUUAGGCCUUUGUAAAAAGAUUUUUAUAAACUAAAAUUUAAAGGAAAAAUAUAACAUCCCUUUAACUUUAAAUACCACUAUGAUUCCUUUUUCCAUAGUGUGCAACUCUGUUGAUAUAGAAAAAAAAAUGAUUUAAUUCUAAAAUGUUGGCAACUAAAGUGCUAUAAGAAUAUUAAUAGAUCCUUAUAAGAAUAGAGUAGCUUAUUAAAGUGAUAUUGAUAUAUAAAAAAAUACUAUAAUAACUUUAGAAGAAUCUUAUUUAACAAGAUUACAAUCUGAUGAAUAGAAAUCAUUUUUCUUAAAUCAAGUUAAUUUAUUCAAACGAAAUAAUUUCAAAAGGUUUUGUACUCCUAAUAAAGAGGAAGUGUUUUUUUAAUAAUCAAAUUAAAAUGUAGAAUAAUUUACAAUUAGUGUUUAAAAUUAGAAGAUUAUAGUUAUUCAAUAAUUUACAUUUUAUAUUGAUAAGAUAUUUAUUACAUAAGAAGAUGGAAGUAUCUAAGUUCAGUAUUGUUUUGAAAGUAGUCUUCUGCUGUUAACAAUUCUUACUUAAAAUUAGUUGCAAUCCUUUUAUUACUCACAAAAGAUAUCUAUAAUGAUUGGAAACUCUUUAGAACAUUUAACUAUUAUUCUUAAAAAGUUAAAAGUAGAUUAAGAAACAAAGAAUUUUAUCCUAUUUGAAGACGGUAUGCUCUCUGGAGAUUUUUAAAUAGACCACUCUGAGCUGCUAUUUUCUUCAGAUUUGAGUUUACUUUAUGAGAGCUUUUAAAAUCUGUUUUAAACUCUAAUAUACACUACUCAAAGCUUGUUUGACUAGGACGAAAGCUUAACUUUGAUAAACCUAACUAAAUAAGUUAGCUAUUUUUAGUAAUUUAAAAACUACAGAGCUCUAGGAAUUUGUUAUAAUAAUAUAGCUAAUAUACACUUUAAUAAUAACCGAUUUGUGGAAGCUUUAGAAAACUACAGCUCUUCAAUAGUCUGCUGUAAUUAUGAAUUAAAAGUCUAUUAACUUUCUUCAUUUUAAAACCCAUUAAAAAAUGUUUAAGAAUUAAACUAAAACAAAGAAAAGAAAAGCAGAAAUAGCGUUUUUGAGUUUUUUCUUCAAAAAAUAAAUUCUAUUUCGAUAUUUAAAAGCAAAAUAGAUUAAAUAAAAAAUGAAAAACUUGACUUUAAAUGCUAAGAUGAUCUUCUAAUGAACUUUUAAAAAUACGGAAUUUAUGAAAUUUAAAUAGAAAAAAAAGAAUUACAAUAAAUGCUAUUUAACAGAAAAUACAACUUUGUUAGAGCUUUAAUAUUCCAUACAUUCAAUUAAAAAAAAUUUCUUCUUUUUACUGAUAUCUUAGAAGAUCUUGUAAAUGAGUUAGUAAAUUUAAGGAGCCAAGAUAGAAUUGAAGGAUUUAAGCAGAAAAUACUUCUAAAUUAGCUAUUUUAAUGUAUAUAUUUUAAUUAGCAAGAACAAUAAAAAUGCGAGUCAAUAGUUUAAGAAAAUCAUCAGCUUUAUCAAUAAAUAAAGUAGAUAAGCAUUCUUAAACCUCAAAACUGUUAAUCAAGCAAACAAAAAUCACAAAGAAUAUAAGACAGAAAAGAAAGCCAACAGACAAAUAAUCUUUCAUAAUUUAGCCCACAGCUAAAUUAAUCUAAUUAUUUUAUGUCAACAAGAUAUUAAAUGUCAUCAAAGACUCAAACUAAAAAUACACCUCAAUCAUAGUAAAACCAACAGACAGAGUUCAAUUCUAAAUAAGUUUCUUUUAUAAAACCCUUAAAUAGCUUUCCUGAAAAUACUAAAGACUAAGAUAGAUUUUCAUUUAACACAAAUUCUCCCUUGAAUUCUCAACAAUAUUUAAGUUUUAAUAAGCUUAUAAGAGAAAAUACUACUCCUUUGGAAAUUUAAAAAUUUGAAUCAAUUUAAGAAAAUCAAAGAAAUUAACACUUCUUAGAAAUGAAAGAUGAAUAAAGUAAAAAUACAAAAACUGAUAAUUUUGAUUCACCAAAAAUAACCUAAUAACAAGCUUCACCUAAAUCAAAUUAUUUUUAAAUUAAAAGCAUAAAUUCCUUUUAAUCUCCUAAAAUAAAUCAACCUUCACUUCUAAAAACUAACCAACAAAAUUCUCCUUAAUUAAAUUAAUCUGAUUAAUUGAAAGUAAAUACAUUUUCUUCACCAAAGUAAAACUAAUCUACCCCUCGAGCUUCUAACUAAAAAUAAUCACUAAAUGUAAUAUAAUCCCUAUAAAAGUAUUUUACAAACAAUGGUUAAAAUAAUCCAUAAAAUAAUAAUCCAAAAAGAGCAAUAGAUACAAGAAUAAACCUAAAACAUUUUUAAAAAUUUGAAAAAAUGCAACUUAAUUAAUAAUUUAGCAGCUAAAAUAAUUAAUAAAAAUUUAACAAAAGUUAUGAAAAUUACAAGUAAUUAGAUUCUUUAAUUAAAAGUAAAAAAUAAUAAAUCAAUAAUAAAAUAAAUGGCCAUGACGAAGAUGACUUUAAAAUGUAAAAUAAUAAUUUUAAUUAAAAUGAUUAUUAUUCAGAAAAAGAUGAUUCAUGUUACUCUUCUUUUUUAUCAUGCAGAUCUAAAGCUAAAUUACAUUAUGAUUCAUUUGGAAGUGAUAGAAAUUAAUAUUAUAUAAAUGAAGACCAGAUUUUUAAUUUAGUUUAAGAAUAAAUAUCAAUGAUGUAUUUAUUGUAAAAGGAUUAUUAUAAAGCUGCCAAAGCUAUAACAAAAAUGUAUGAAUAAAGUAAAUUGGUAAUUUCUCAGUAAUUUAGUAGAAACAUUCAGAGAUUAUUAGGUAUUUUUGAUGCUUUCAAGAUAGAUUGUCCUUUUUUAGAUUAAAUUUACAAAAAACUAACAUAAAAUACUUCUUUUAAAAUUUGUGUUGUUUCAUUUUAUUAAGAAUAAGAAUUUGCAUCUUAAGGUAGUAAAACUGAAUUGGAUCCUUCGGAUUCGUUUUAAAUUUUUGAUUAAAAAAAUUUCUCAAAAGAAUCAAAUUUAUUAGAUUUACUCCUUGAUAUUAUUGAAUAAGUAGUAAUUAAAGAGGAUGAUUAUUUUGGCUUUAUUUCUUCUAACUUAAGUGAUAUGAGUAUAACAGAGCAUAUUUCUGUCAUUAAUAAUAUUUAAGUAAACUAGUAAGUUAUUAUGGAAACACUUUGCGAUUUAUUGAAUUAAAAAGAAAAUAAAAACUCUAAAACUUAAAAGUAAAAAACUGAAACUUAAACAAUUUAGCAACAAAAGUAACAAAUGGAACCAAAGAAUGAAAAUCUUUUUUAAAAAUAGCUUGACCUUAAUUUAGAAAGCGCAAUAAAAAUAAAAUGA